UCGCACGUUAAACAAGAUGAAGGCAUAUAAAAGGUAUUCUUCGAGUCAAUGGCCAGUCAUUCAGUGUAUCUCCGUGUGGCUGCUCGUUCUUCAAUACAAGCUGUUAAAAUGUUCUCCCGGAUAUUGGAGAUCUUAGCUGUCUGUCUCGUCAUUGUUUAUACAGUUGAAUCAACCCCAGCCGUUAACAAAUUAGCACGACAAUUUAUUCCGGCUUUGCCGGGAUUCGUUCCCGUCUAUAUCCGAUCCGGUGACACUCCUCUGGAAGACAUUAACCCAGAUCUAGCCGAAGCUUUCAAUAGUUACGCUCAAAAGCAUGCGUGGCUUGAUAACUUUGGUCGAGCUAAAGCCGUUCGCGACGACGGCAAACUACACGUUCACAUCGACGACUCUCCCGGAGACAUAGAUGAAAAUAUUGUUAACACUAAACCUGCUGUCUUGUCGAAAUCGCACCACAUACAAAAAAUUCCUAGGUCUUAGAUAUGUGAAUACUUUAUUAAUUUAUUGUGUAGGUGUAUAUGUAAAAAAUAAAAAUGUGUUGAACA